ACUAGUUGCCAAAUAGAAUACGAAAUUAAACCUUAGCACACGAGCUGCGAGCUAGACGGCGAGAGAGAGGGAGAAUACAGACUGGCAAUGGCGAUGAUGGCUCUCCAGAAGCUCUCCUCCGCUCUCAAGCCUUCAGUCGAACCUUACCGCAACGGCGGUUCCCUCUAUUCCAUGUCUUCCACGCGCCUGCACUCAAACCUCCCGCUCACCGCAGCGGAACGACUCGCUCGAACUGCUUCAGGGCGGGUCGGGGAUUUGUUUAGGCGGCUGCUGGCAUCGGGAAUCGAGACGUCCACCAAGUUCAGUACCAGUUUCCUCGAGUUGCCUCCAGAGAGUAAGAAAUCGGUGAAGAAAGCCAUCGAUUGCCACGACCCAAAGAACCCUUCUGUACUCAUCGUCAUGAUGAAAUCUCACGUUUCUCCUGGAAUCCUGAGCCUGCCCGGUAAGUUCGCCAGGAAGUACUUUCCCGCAGAGUCACAAGGGGUAACGUUGUGUGCUUAUGAGGGGAAGAAGAGACGUGUGGGUGAAUGGCGUGCUGAUGCGAGAUGGAGAAGCGAAAAAACAGAGACUUUGUAUUUCAGACGGUGGCCUGGGUUUCGCGCGGACAAUGAAUUGGUUGUGGGAGACGUAUGUUUGUUCGAGCUGAUUGAUAAGAAGCGAAAGAUCUUUAAUGUUCAUAUUCUUAGGGCUUGGAUGAACAAGAAGAAUCAGUAGGAUUGGAGUUUGUACUAAUACUACUUUGUAGUGGUUUGUUUCCAUAACUUUUUCUCAAACUAUCAUUUCGUUGGUUCAAUGGUUUUUACUAUAAUAGGUUUUACCUUUUUUUUUUUAUAGUUUCCCACUUAGUUCAUAGAUCUCGUGUUAAGCUGUAUUCUAGUUAAGCAAGUGGGUGGAGCGUUAAUAAUCAGAUUGUUUAGUUCAGUUUAAUUUCAGUUUAACCCGGAUAUAUAGAAAAGUCAUUCUAUUGUGCACUUAUAGGAAAAUUGUUUUAAGUAGAAAUACAUCAACGACUUGUGAUUUAAUUUCAAGUACCAUAUAUUAUUUUGCACGCUGUUUGUUGGGCUGUCUGGCGGGAAAGGAACAAUAGAGUCUUCGAAGACCAAGUGUCAAUUAGUGACGCUUCUCAGAAUGGUUGCUGAGUGGCUGAGGACUGCAGAAAAAGUUGACAAAACAAUAGCAGAAUAAUGGAUGCUCGGUCUAAAGAGAAGUUUGUCAAUGUUUAAACGCAAAACCAAGCAAAGCUGUUGAGGAGAGUGUAGUAGAAAUGUGUUUGAAACUUUGAAUGGUUCACAUGGGUCUCCAGAUUGCCUCUCCUUGUAUGUAAUAAGUAUACGUAGGUUCUGCAAAUUUCCUUUUCCUUUACCGUUCUGGUUUUUGUUUGCAGAAUCCUCGUAACUAGGGGUGGGCAACGAUUCGAUUCACAUCGGAUCGAAUCGACUCUCACACCAAAUCGGAUCGAACUGUUUAUCUUUCGAUUCGACUUUGGUUCUUGAAAUUGGGACAUUUUCAAUUUUGGUUCGGUCAAGACCGGAAUCAUAAAAUCAAGCUAAGGAUCGGACCGAAUCGUAAUUAAAUUAAUUGUCUAUUUUAUUAGGCUCUGAGAAGGCAAGUCGACUUGGAGUUGAAAACUCUAGUACCCUACACGACACUUAACUACCUAUAAAUAUGAUUGACUUUCCCUGACUUUGACUCGCCGCGUUGUUUCGAUCAAGAGAGCUGCUUACUUUAUCUACACACUGUGAACCAGGUAUUUAUAUUGUGUUCUCUUUUCUUGUUUAAUGUUUCAGAAAUGGAGAAAAUGCGAAUAAAUGACACCACAGAGACUUAUGCCAAGUCUGACAACACCACUACAAAUUAGCAAAGGUUAAUAAUCAUUUGUUUUAUUGCACUAGUUCUUGAAGUAAGUGUCACUUUGUUAAACUCCUUUCUAAUGCCUUAUAUCAUGUGCUUAUAUUGCAGUAGAAAGGCUCUCUAAUGAACAAUGAAAAUUCUU